AUGGACAAGUACUUGAUUCGCAUCUUCCACACUAUAAACUCAAUCACGAGCGGCGGGGCCGACUUUCCAAAUUACGAGGUUAUCAAUGGCUCCGCCUCUGCGAGGAUGAUUCUUAUCAAGGUUACCCGUUCAAUUGCCGUCCUGGUACUCAGGCAGCAGCCGCAAACGAUCCAGGGGACGGAGUUGGUGGAAACGGGGAUCGGGUCCCUGUUGGAAAAGCUGUCAGAUACGGAUACUCCCGUGCGCUUCGCUGCGAGUAAGGCGCUUAGCAUCAUCACCUUGCGCCUUGACCCAGAAAUGGCCUCGCAGGUUGUCGAGGCUGUUUUGGAUUCUCUAAAUCGCAAAGUGGUCUGGGUGAAGGACCCCACAAGCCCUGACGGCAGACUAAUCCGUGACCUGUCUUCUGUUGAUGCCCUAGAGUGGCACGGGCUCAUGCUAACCUUGGCGCACCUGCUCUAUAGGCGUUCUCCGCCGCCAGACCAGCUCUCCGAUAUCAUCCAUGCGCUACUCCUCGGCUUAUCCUUUGAACAGCGGAGCACUUCGGGAGGCUCCGUCGGAAGCAAUGUGCGCGAUGCGGCGUGCUUUGGGGUCUGGGCAGUGGCUAGGCGCUAUACCACUCAAGAACUGCUAGAUAUCCCAGUCGGUUCAGUCUUUGCUGCUCGAUCCCAUCCCGAGGGUUCCACCAUUCUCCAAGUUUUGGCCACGGAACUCACAGUCGCGGCCUCUAGAGAUUCGGCGGGCAAUAUUCGUCGAGGCUCUUCUGCCGCUCUUCAAGAACUUGUCGGUCGGCACCCGGAUACUGUGGAGCAAGGAAUAUGGCUUGUGCAGACGGUGGAUUACCAUGCGGUUGCUUUGCGUUCCAGAGCGCUCCACGACGUCGCGAUUCAGGCGACAGCCUUGGCCACCUGCUAUGGGGAAGCUCUCCUGGAUUCGUUACUUGGAUGGCGGGGCGUCGGGGAUGCCGAGGCCGGGGCCCGUCGAGCUGCUGGCGCGUCCUUUGGCGCCAUCACCUUCCGACUCGCAUCUCUCGAUGCAGGGAAGGCGCUGCGCUACCUGAGUGACUCUGUGGACACAAUUCUGCGACACGUGCGGAAAUUACAGCCUCGUCAGGCCGAGGAGCGUCACGGCCUCUUGCUAUGUCUCGCCGCGGUUUUUGACAAAGUUCCAGAAACGAUUACGUUUCUUUGCGAGGGGAUGCCCUGA